GCGGAAGUGUCCUAUCAUUCGUGCUCACGCUGCUGAGGAAACCAGCAGACCACAGCCACACACAUUAUUUAUUGAGCCUCUAACUACAGAUAGGAAGAAUGAUCAAACAAGACACAGAAGAGCCUACCACCCAGAGUACUGAGGAUGCUCCCCUUGCAACAGGAGAGAUGGAGCUGCCCGCUGCUGUAAAAGAUGCUCCCGACACCAGCAGCCCCAAAGAAUCUGAACCACAGACACCACAGACAAGCACACCGCCACAUGGCGAUGAGGUGGAAAGUGAAGUAGCAGAGGCAGAGGCAGCGUUGUCCCAGUGCGACAUGGCCGAGGAGCUGAGCCGGCAGCUCGAGGACAUCCUCAGCACCUACUGCCGUGAAGCCAUCGCUGACGAUGCCAACGCCCUGCCCAACAGCCAGUCACACAGCCCGGAGCUCAACGGCCUGGCCAACGAGAGGGAUGACGACAAGCAGGAGGAGGGCAAAGUCAAUGGGGGUGGCGGCGGGGUCGAGAAGGAGCAGAAGAAGACGCAGGAGAAGAAGAAAGUGAAGGGUCUGGGUAAAGAGAUCACCCUUCUCAUGCAGACCCUGAACACACUGAGCACUCCAGAGGAAAAACUAGCAGGCCUCUGUAAGAAGUAUGCUGAGCUGCUGGAGGAGCAGCGUAACACCCAGAAGCAGAUGCGAGCCUUGCAGAAGAAGCAGAGCCAGCUGGUGCAGGAGAAGGACCACCUGAGGAACGAGCACAGCAAGGCCAUCCUGGCCCGCAGCAAGCUGGAGAGCCUCUGCAGAGAGCUGCAGAGACACAACCGUACACUCAAGGAGGAAGGGAUGCAGAGAACCCGCUUGGAGGAGGAGAAAAGGAAGGAGGUGACCUCUCACUUCCAGGUGACGCUGAACGACAUCCAGACCCAGAUGGAGCAGCACAACGAGAGGAACGCCAGCCUGAGGCAGGAGAAUGCUGAGCUGGCCGAGAAACUCAAGAAGCUCUAUGAACAGUACAAACUACGGGAAGAGCACAUUGACAAGGUGGUAAAGCACAAGGACCUGCAGCAGCAGCUAGUUGACGCAAAGCUCCACCAAGCCCAGGAGCUGCUGAAGGAGUCAGAGGAGCGUCACGACAGAGAGAAAGACUUUCUGUUGAAAGAAGCAGUGGAGUCUCAGAGGAUGUGUGAGCUGAUGAAGCAACAGGAAGUUCAUCUGAAACAACAGCUGUCGCUGUACACAGAGAAGUUUGAGGAGUUCCAGACCACUUUGUCUAAGAGCAAUGAGGUCUUCACCACCUUCAAACAGGAGAUGGAGAAGAUGACUAAAAAGAUCAAAAAGCUAGAGAAGGAGACCACCAUGUAUCGCUCCAGGUGGGAGAGCAGCAACAAGGCUCUUCUGGAGAUGGCUGAGGAGAAAACGUUGCGGGACCAUGAGUUUGAGGCACUCCAGAGCAAAGUCCAGCGGCUGGAGAAGCUGCGGCGGGCACUAAAGAUCGAACGCAACGAGCUCAGCAAGAAGGUGCAGAACCUCUGCGGUCAGGACGACAGCGCUGCUGGUGCUCCUGCCUCUGACCUGGGGGCCGACUCGCCCUCUCCUCCCCCAACGGACUUGCCGCUGGAGCCUAGCCUUGACCCCAGCGGCCCCCCAGGCCCAGACAUCACACCCUGUCCCCAGUCCUGCCACUGUGACCCAGAGCUGGACACACACACCCUGCUAGAAGAGGCCAGUGCUCAGCCUGUCGCCGCCCAGGACUGAAGCUCCUUCCAUGGGACAGCGCCGCUCACAGUCUCCCCUUUCCUCUCCAGCACCCACAAACCACCAAAUGACCAGCCACCAGCCUGCAAGCCACCACUAGUCUGCUGGAGGACGCUGAUCCUGAGCACUGACCCAGUAGCAGAUGUCAGAGUGCCGGUUUUAUAUGUUCCAGGGUAAAUAUCUGAUCUGGAGUCAGUGGUAGGGUUAGCACCCAGUAACUUUUGUGUGCAUCAUAAAGAUGAUAAGAUUGUGCCUCAGCUCUGUCUCUGUGCUUUUUGUUGCACAUUCCCUUUUCCACCUACAUCCAAUAGAGAAUAACUUAGGCAAGAUAGGAGUGUCAGUGCUGCUUGGGAUGGCAUGAGUCAAAUAUGUUUUAGUCAAGCGGCAUCACUGGGGACUGAGGAAUAAUGUGUGUGUGUGUGUGUGUGUGUGUGUGUGUGUGUGUGUACGAGAGACGGUAUUUUUGUGUGUGUGAGUGUGUCAGUUUGUCUUGAAGGGGUUUGACGCAUAGUCUGCCGUACUGUGAAAGCCACUUUUAGUAGUAACACAUUACUUUUUUUUUCCUUCAGGACAAGUCUUAACAGAUAGAAAGCAAAUUAUGUCUUUAUCCAAAAAAAAUAUUUGAUAUAACACAUAGCAAACUAAAAAAAUAUUGGUAUAUAUACAUAAUCGGGUAAAUGCAUCUUGAUCAUUUUGUUUUUCCAGAAUUUUCAGUGAACAUCUCGCCUGUAGACCAUUUUAGGGAAGUUACUUUUGUACUCUGAUUUGAUCAUCACACUUCUUCAGUUGCACAAUGUUUCUUGUGGACUGUAUUUAUUGUUUGAUGUAUAAUUUCUGAUAUUAUUCAAAUGUGUAUCUUAAGAGCACCACUGUAAAAAAAAAAAAAAAAAAAUACAUCAGUCUAUUUUUCUUAAUGGAGACAAGUUUGUAAACUGAUUUCAUUUUUGACCAACUUGGCAUUCCUAACACUUCUGAGUUCAGUUGAUCAAAUGUUCAUUUGUUUGUGUGGCUUUUUUUUUUUUUUAAUUCUGUCGGCUUUUACCUUGCAGCGAUAACCACUUCAAAGUUGACCAACUUGAUUUUCCUGUCAGCUCCAUCGUUGUGCAUCUUUGUGUGAAUGAUGUGUGCAGAUUACAUGGUUUAGAUUGUCGCCUCCCAGCCCUGAUAAUUGCAGUAGCUUGGAAUCAGGUUUUCUAAGAGAAUGUUCAAGGACCUCUAUGCAACCUCACCUCUGGUUUUUAUUCUGUGGCAGUCUGAACUGACAAGCACUUAGCUGAGAAUGUAUAUUCAUUAUACCCACUGUCCUGCAUGGAUGUAAAACAGCUCAAAUGUUUCCCAACAGAACAGAACUUUUUUUUUUUUUUUGCUUUAGUAUGAACUUUAGUAGCCUAAUUGAAGUAAAUGUUCAAAAUUUUUGUUUGAAAUUGAAACGUUGCACAUCUCCCUGAUGCUUUCAGAAAGCACAGCGACUGAGUGUAGUUUCAAUGAAGAAAUAAAGUAAGAGCAACUAUUAGAAGUUUAUUGUAAUGAAUGACAGUUUAUGAAAGUGUCUUUCCCUUUUAGUUCCAUUUUCUCCUCAGAUAUUCUUAUAUACUACUUAAGAUGUAGCAUCAGGUGAACACUGAUUGUGUCAGUAAUUUUCAGCGUCAAUACAAAUUGCAAAUCUCAUUUCCUUCAUUGUUCCACUGAACAGACUCUUUGUGUCCCCAUUGCCAUUGUGGAUUUGGAGGUUCAUUGACCUUGAGAAAGAACCAAAGAUUGUUUCUUUUUUGUCUGUUUUGCAGUACUUUUAUCUGGUCCUGUAUAUUAUGUUUCUUGUUAAAUAAAAGGUGUAACUAUG